AGCCUAACUUGCCUCCACCAUCAUCCAUGCUCUCUACGAUGACCUCUGUUCUGCACUUCAGCGGUCACCAGUAUCUACGACACAGACUAGUCCUAUCUAUUCUUAGCGGGAAACCAUUGAAGAUCGAUAAAAUUCGUUCCGAUGACAAAAACCCUGGUUUGCGAGAUUACGAAGUUAGUUUGCUUCGACUACUGGAACGAGUUACGAAUGGCACAAUCAUUGAAAUAUCGGUCACUGGUACCGCGAUUCUCUUAAAACCUGGUAUCAUUGCUGGAGGCUCUAUUACACAUGAGUGUCCUCUGUCUCGCUCAGUUGGAUAUUUUCUGGAACCAAUCAUCAUGUUGGCUCCUUUUGCCAAAAAGCCGAUGCAUUUGACCUUGCGGGGAAUAACUUCUGACGAUCAGGACCUGUCUGUUGAUCUGAUCAGGACCGUUACUUUACCCCAUUUACAACUGUUUGGAAUUUCUGAUGGUCUAGAACUUCGGAUUAAAAAGCGUGGAAGUCCACCUGUAGGUGGCGGUGAAGUCCAAUUCCUCUGUCCCAUCGUGAAGCAAAUAAAGACUGUAAACUUCGUGGAUCCUGGGCGUAUCAAACGGAUACGAGGCAUUGCACAUGCAGUUCGUGUCAGUCCGCAAUUCUCGAAUCGAAUGAUUGAAGCUUCGCGAUCUAUUCUCAAUCGUUACAUUCCCGACAUCUACCUUUACUCCGACGUAUACAAAGGCGAAGACAGCGGAAAAUCACCCGGAUACGCUCUAAGUCUGCUGGCUGAGUCAACAACUGGUGCAAUACAUUCUGCAGAAGCAGUCUCCAAACCCGGGGUCACUCCUGAGGACAUCGCGUUAUUGGCUUCACGUGCACUUCUGUCCGAAAUCCGAAGAGGUGGAAGUAUUGAUAGGAAACAUCAGACCCUUGUCCUUCUUAUGAUGGUACUUGGCAGUGAGGACGUUGGUAGGGUCAGAAUGGGUGAACCGUCACCUCGGACGAUCCAGUUCCUUCGAGACGUUCGCGACUACUUUGGAACCUCGUUCAAGAUCGUACCUGCGGACAAGAGCGACCCAGAUUGCACAGAACUGCUCUAUUCAUGUUAUGGAACCGGCUAUGUCAACGCUAACAGGUCACUUGCAUAGUGUAGAGCAUAUGCAUUUAAUGUAGUGAUCUGAAUUGUAGACUUUCUCUGGGUGCGUUUGCUGAACAUACAGUACGAUUGCGUUGCAGCCUAACAUUUCUCCUCCUAGAGAUGAUACAUUUUCACCAUUCUGAGGUUGUAUUGGAAAUAGCGUUGACCAGUGCGCCCAUCGUAGUCAAGACACAUGCACUCCGUGAACAUCGUCCACUCUAGAUUGAACAGGAUACGUGGGAUGUCCCUGAAAGUCUCGUCAGCGAUUCACUUGCUUUUGUCACGUUGUUUGACAUGCCAUACGGUACGGGGGGAAUAAACAUGUAGACGCGUGAACGCCGCCGGAGCAGCGCAUGCCUCGGAUUCAGGGAGGAUAUAGCAGUUUCGAAGCUUUCUAGGAAACCAGCAUAUUGUCUUCCGAUCAGAAGGUAACCCAGGCUCUCACCAGAAUGACAGCUAUUACCCUCCAUUUUCAUCAAGGAUCUGGCGGCCAAAGGCAAGAAUGGUAAGACUGUAACUCCUCGUGCUAAGAUUUCGGUA